CGUCUCUCCUCCCUCCCACAACUCAAAAACCUCCCCGUCCCCAGCGCCGAUCACCAAAAUCAUCACGCCCACCCAGCGGGGAGCCAGCCGGCCCACCGCCUCCCCGUCUAAGGCUUCCUCGAAGCUUCGCCGCUCCGCUCUCGCCCGUCGAGCCAGGACGAAGGGGCACCGCUAGCUCCGCGCGCCGGCCUGGGCCUCUAGCAGCGGCGGCCGGCGAGGUUUUCCGUUUCCCCGCGUGCGAGGUUUUCAAACGCAGAAUUUGGGGAAUUCCAGGCAUGGGCUAGCUUCAAAGCACGGUUUCGGGGUGGUUGGUUGAGCUGCCGGGAUUUAUUCCUCGUAUUUGCUGAAUUGUGGCGACGGGUGCAGCAAGCUCCCGGGUGGUGACCACAAGUGAUCGCGAUGACGUCCUUGUCACGAACGCUGUCCCGGGCGGGGCCGAUGCAGCAGCCAGGGCCUCGACGCAUCCUGAGGACACAGACCGCCGUGAACCUUGGUGAGCCCAUGUUCGACAGUGAGGUGGUGCCAUCAUCGCUUGUUGAGAUUGCGCCCAUUCUCCGUGUUGCCAAUGAGGUUGAGGGGGCCAACCCCCGCGUCGCCUAUCUCUGUCGUUUCUAUGCAUUCGAAAAGGCUCACAGGUUAGAUCCGACUUCAAGCGGUCGUGGUGUCCGACAAUUCAAGACAGCUCUCUUACAACGGCUUGAAAGGGAGAAUGAGCCCACCUUGAUGGGAAGGGGACAGAAAAGUGACGCACGGGAAAUACAGACAUUCUAUCAACAGUACUACAAGAAAUAUAUUCAAGCACUUCAGAAUGCUUCUGCCCAAGUGGAUCGUGCCCAACUAACCAAAGCCUACCAGACUGCUGCUGUUCUAUUUGAAGUUUUAAAAGCAGUUACCCAACAACAUGCUGUUGAAGUUGACCAUGAGAUCUUGGAAGCUGCUGAUAAGGUUAAAGAGAAGACGAAGAUUUAUCUCCCUUUUAACAUUCUCCCUCUUGAUCCGGAUAGUGGCAAUCAGGCAGUCAUGAAAUUUCCAGAGAUCCAAGCUGCUGCCUCUGCUCUUCGUAAUACCAGGGGUCUUCCAUGGCCCAAAAAUUAUGAGCACAAGGUGAAUGAGGACCUUUUGGACUGGCUGCAAGCUAUGUUUGGCUUUCAGACAGAUAGUGUUUCAAAUCAAAGGGAACAUUUGAUUUUACUUCUUGCUAACAUACAUAUACGAAGAAAUCCGAAGACUGAUCAACAAUCCAAGUUGGAUGACAACGCACUAAAUGAUGUCAUGAAGAGGUUGUUUAAGAAUUACAAGAAGUGGUGCAAAUAUCUUGGUCGCAAGAGCAGCCUUUGGUUGCCAACAAUUCAGCAGGAGAUGCAACAACGAAAAUUACUCUAUAUGGGUCUGUACCUUCUCAUUUGGGGUGAAGCUGCAAACUUGCGAUUUAUGCCAGAGUGCAUUUGCUACAUAUAUCACCAUAUGGCAUUUGAGAUGUAUGGCAUGUUAGCUGGAAAUGUGAGUGCCUUGACGGGUGAAUAUGUGAAGCCAGCCUAUGGUGGUGAGAAAGAAGCCUUUCUGAGAAAAGUUGUUACACCAAUAUACAACACCAUAGCAAAGGAAGCUGAAAGGAGCAAAAGAGAGAAAGGAAAUCAUUCUGAGUGGAGAAACUAUGAUGAUCUUAAUGAAUACUUCUGGUAUUGGUUCUUUUAUUAUAUAUUUGUUAGCUCUCUAGAUUUUAUAUCAUUAUUAAAUUGCAGGUCUGCCGACUGCUUUCGGCUCGGUUGGCCUAUGCGAGCUGAUGCCGACUUCUUUUAUCAACCUUCAAACUUAGCUGACGAAAGAAAUGAAACCGCAAGAAUAGUCAGACAGAAAGGAAAGGUCAACUUUGUCGAGUUGCGUUCAUUUUGGCACAUAUUUAGGAGCUUCGAUCGACUGUGGAGCUUCUUUAUUUUAGCUCUUCAGGUUAUGAUAAUUCUUGCUUGGAAUGGAGGCUCGUUGGCCAAUAUUUUUGAUUAUGUGGUUUUCAAGAAGAUUUUGAGUAUCUUUAUCACUUCAGCUAUACUAAAUCUUGGACAAGCUACACUUGAUAUUAUAUUUAAUUGGAAGGCCAGGAGGACAAUGGAAUUUGCAGUUAAGCUCAGAUAUUUUCUCAAAUUCACAAUGGCAGCCCUGUGGGUGGUAUUACUACCGGUUACAUAUGCUUACACCUGGGAAAAUCCCACUGGAAUUAUUAGAGCCAUCAAAAGCUGGUUCGGAAAUGGACAAAAUCACCCGCCCCUAUUCGUCAUUUCAGUAGUCAUGUAUUUGUCACCGAGUAUGCUUUCUGCUAUUCUUUUUCUUCUUCCAUUUCUGCGCCGGAAACUUGAAAGUUCAGACUUCAAGCUCGUGAGGUUGAUCAUGUGGUGGUCUCAGCCUCGUCUGUUUGUUGGUAGGGGAAUGCAUGAAAGUGCUUUCUCACUUUUCAUGUACACCAUGUUCUGGAUUGCUCUUCUCUUGACAAAGUUUGCAUUUAGCUACUAUGUAGAGAUCAAACCUCUUGUUGAACCCACCAGGGACAUCAUGAAGUCCCCUAUACAUACUUACCGGUGGCAUGAGUUUUUCCCAAGAGAAAAGAGCAACAUUGGUGUUGUUAUUACACUUUGGGCCCCAAUCAUUCUGGUCUAUUUCAUGGAUACACAAAUUUGGUAUACGAUUUUCUCCACUCUGCUUGGUGGAAUUUAUGGUGCUUUCCAACGACUUGGAGAGAUUCGCACACUGGGAAUGCUGCGAUCUCGCUUUGAUUCGAUACCUUUAGCCUUUAACUCAUGUCUAAUCCCUGUUGAAACAUCUGAUGCAAAAAGGAAGAAAGGUCUGAAGUCUUACUUACACAAUCGUUUCAAGGAGAUGGAACAUGAGGACAAGGAGAAUAUAGCUGCAAGGUUUGCACAGAUGUGGAAUGAAAUUGUCACUAGCUUUCGAGAAGAAGACCUUAUAAACAACAGGGAGAAGGAGCUUCUACUCGUUCCGUAUGUGUCUGAUCAGGCCCUUGGUGUCAUGCAAUGGCCUCCAUUUUUACUUGCUAGCAAGAUACCCAUAGCAGUUGACAUGGCUAAAGAUAGCAACGGCAAAGAUCGAGAUCUGAAAAAGAGGCUUGAUAAUGAUUAUUAUUUUUCGUGUGCAAUUGAGGAAUGUUAUAAGUCAUUCAAGAAUAUCAUCAACGGUCUUGUACAAGGUGUACCAGAGAAAAGGGUCAUAAAUAAAAUAUUUGAAGAAGUUGAUAAAUACAUCGCUGAGGACAAAGUUAUUACAGAUUUGAAUAUGCGUGCCCUGCCAGAUCUCUACAAUAAGUUCAUUGAGUUGGUAAACUACUUGGAGAAAAAUGACGAGAAAGAUAGAAGCGCUGUAACAAAGAUUUUUCAAGAUAUGCUGGAGAUUGUAACAAGAGAUAUAUUUGAAGACCAUCUUAGUAUUGUGGAGUCAAAUCAUGGAGGCUCAUAUCGAAGGAAUGAGGACACAACCACAUGGGACCAAGAGUACCAAUUAUUUCAGCCUUCUGAGGCUAUCAAAUUUCCCCUAAAAGUCACAGACACAGAUGCUUGGCUAGAAAAGAUAAAAAGGCUGGAACUACUUCUUACUGUGAAAGAAUCUGCUAUGGAUGUUCCUUCAAAUCUAGAAGCCAGAAGGCGUCUUACCUUUUUCACCAACUCCUUAUUUAUGGAUAUGCCUGAUGCACCUAAAGUCCGAAACAUGCUCUCAUUUUCCGCAUUGACUCCGUAUUACAAUGAACCUGUUCUUUUCUCUAUAAAAGAACUUGAGGAGGAAAAUGAAGAUGGAGUUUCCACCCUAUUCUACCUACAAAAAAUUUAUCCAGAUGAAUGGAAAAACUUUCAGGAAAGGGUUGGGUUGGAGGAAGAACUUAAAGAGAGUGAAGAACUUAUGGAGGAGCUUCGUCUAUGGGCUUCAUACAGAGGUCAAACACUAGCUCGAACAGUUAGAGGCAUGAUGUACUACCGGAAAGCUUUGAUUCUUGAAGCAUUUUUAGAUAUGGCCAAACGUGAAGAUCUCAUGGAAGGGUACAAAGCAGCUGAGUCUGUAACUGAUGAACAGUGGAAGAUACACCAGAGAUCCUUAUUUGCUCAAUGCGAAGCUGUGGCUGACAUGAAGUUCACAUAUGUGGUUUCAUGCCAGCAAUAUGGAAAUGAUAAGCGUGCUGCUCUUUCUAGUGCCCAAGACAUAUUGCAGCUGAUGAGGAACUACUCUUCUCUCCGUGUAGCAUAUAUUGAUGAGGUGGAAGAAGUAGGAGUCAAGAAAAUGGAGACAGCUUAUUAUUCCACUUUGGUAAAGGUUGCUCUAACUAAGGAUUCGGAAUCUGUAGAUCCAGUACAAAAUCUUGAUCAGGUCAUAUAUCGGAUAAAACUUCCAGGCCCUGCAAUGUUGGGAGAAGGAAAGCCCGAAAAUCAAAAUCAUGCAAUAAUUUUCACCCGCGGUGAAGGGUUGCAGACCAUAGAUAUGAACCAGGAUAACUAUAUGGAAGAAGCUCUUAAAAUGAGAAACCUGCUCCAAGAGUUCCUUAAGGAGCAUGGAGUGCGGCGUCCAUCUAUACUUGGAGUUAGAGAGCAUAUUUUUACUGGAAGUGUGUCUUCCCUUGCGUGGUUUAUGUCAAAUCAGGAGCACAGUUUUGUGACUAUCGGGCAGCGUCUGCUUGCAAACCCUCUGAAGGUCCGCUUCCACUAUGGGCAUCCUGAUGUAUUUGAUAGGCUUUUCCAUCUAACAAGGGGUGGUGUCAGUAAGGCAUCAAAGAGUAUCAACUUGAAUGAAGAUAUUUUUGCAGGCUAUAACUCAACUCUUCGUGGAGGCAAUGUAACACACCAUGAAUAUGUGCAAGUUGGUAAAGGAAGAGACGUCGGACUAAAUCAGAUCUCUAAGUUUGAGGCUAAAGUGGCAAAUGGAAAUGGUGAGCAGACUCUUAGCCGUGAUAUCUACCGGCUUGGGCACCGCUUUGAUUUCUUCAGGAUGCUAUCAUGCUACUUUACAACUGUGGGGUUUUAUUUUAGUACACUGUUGACGGUUGUCACAGUUUAUGUAUUUCUGUAUGGGCGCCUUUAUCUUGCUCUCAGUGGACUUGAAGAGGGGCUAUCACGUGGAAGAUUCAUUCAUAAUCAUCCUCUUCAAGUUGCUCUUGCCUCACAAUCUCUUGUUCAGCUUGGUUUUCUGAUGGCUCUUCCCAUGAUGAUGGAAAUUGGUCUCGAAAGAGGAUUUGGGAAGGCACUAAGUGAAUUUAUCAUGAUGAAUUUGCAAUUGGCUGCUGUGUUUUUUACAUUUUCCCUUGGCACUAAGACUCAUUACUAUGGAAGAAUGUUGCUUCAUGGAGGUGCUCAGUACAGAGGUACUGGUAGAGGAUUUGUCGUCUUUCACGCCAAGUUCGCAGAGAACUAUAGACUUUAUUCUCGCAGCCACUUUGUUAAAGGGAUUGAGCUGAUGAUUCUGCUCAUCAUAUACCAAUUAUUUGGUCAAUCUUAUCGCUCAACCAUUGCCUAUAUUUUUAUUACCUUCUCUAUGUGGUUCCUAGUGUUGACAUGGCUAUUUGCACCCUUCCUUUUCAACCCCUCGGGAUUUGAGUGGGCGAAAAUCGUUGAUGAUUGGUCUGAUUGGAAUAAGUGGAUCAGCAAUCGUGGUGGGAUCGGUGUGUCUCCAGACAAGAGCUGGGAAUCUUGGUGGGAAGUGGAGCAAGAGCAUUUGAAGUAUUCAGGAACAAUAGGAAUUUUUCUUGAGAUAAUUUUGGCUGUGCGGUUUUUCAUAUACCAGUAUGGCCUUGUUUACCACUUGCAUAUCACAGGAAACAAAAGUAUCUUGGUAUAUUUAAUCUCAUGGCUCGUAAUUGUGGUGGUACUGCUUGUUAUGAAGACAGUGUCUGUGGGAAGGCAGAGAUUCAGUGCAGAUUUCCAGCUAUUCUUCCGUCUGAUCAAGUUUUUGAUAUUUGUUUCUUGCACUGCUAUUUUGAUUGUCUUGAUAGUAUUGUUUCAGAUGACCUUGCAAGAUACAUUUGUAUGCUUUCUGGCAUUCUUGCCCACUGGAUGGGGGAUACUAUUGAUUGCACAAGCUUGCAAGCCUCUUGCUCGACAGGUUGGAUUAUGGGGAUCUGUUCGUGCCCUAGCGCGGGCCUAUGAGAUAAUUAUGGGGGUGCUUCUAUUCACGCCAAUUACUAUUUUCGCAUGGUUUCCCUUUGUGUCGGAGUUCCAGACGCGGAUGCUAUUUAAUCAAGCGUUCAGUAGAGGACUGCAAAUUUCCCGAAUUCUUGGUGGUCAAAAGAAGGAACGGUCAUCUCUUAACAAAGACUGAUUUAGUCUUUUUGUAUAUUCUUGCUUUUAUUCCGACAUGCACUGUCUGUAAAUAUUUGUCAUGGGUAUAGUGUAUUUUUAUUAUCGUAAUAUCAGAUCAAGGUGUCAUAUUGUAUCCCUUUCUUCCUCCCCACACCCAAUUCCCCUAAACUUAUGUGUAACUUUUCCAUGUUGCCACAAUAUUAUACAUUGAGUAAAUGUCACAAAC